AUGGCCUUACGGUUGGCGUACGCGUUGAGUGGAUGUCUUGAGCGGCGGAUCAGUUGCCGGAUGACCAUGUGCGGACAUACAGUCACACCAUUGCCUCAGUGGAUACACCUGACAGCACCGGUAGGCCCGCAGAUAUUAGUGACAAGGCGAGGAAUGGCCGCAAGAAGUAGUCAUACAAUGAAUGCACAGAAAGUCUAUCCGAAAGACUCUUUGGACCGAUUGGGCGAUGAUUUGUGUCAACACUUAUUGUCUUUCCUAUCACUCGAAGACCGGUUCCGAUGUGAAUGUGUGUCCAAACAGUGGCAACGAGUCAUAUAUAAGACACAACACGAGCUGAUAGUCACCGAAGACUUCGUUAAAUUGCGAGCAAUCGAGAAGUCGUUCUCAACGAUCCUCAAGAAGUGUCAAAACAUCACCAAAAUAGCGAUCAUUAGUCCCUUUUAUGUGAUAAACAACUCGAACCCAAUGUUGGACUCAAUCGCUAGACAUUGCCAUCACUUGACAGACAUUUGCUUCAACUUUGCAAACGCUAUACGAUUUCAAACAUACGACAGAUUUUUCGCAAAGUUUGCCAAACAAUUGAAAUCAAUUGAAUGGACGGCUAUUCAUAAAGACGACGCCAGAGAUAAGCCAAUCGUUAAUAACAUCAAGUGUUGCGACAAUUUAACACAAUUUAAUGGCUAUUACUACUACUCAUACUUUCAUACCUCGGAUUAUAGCGAGAAAAUGUGUUUAUCGUAUAUGAAAUCCAUUGAUGUGGAGAUCGAUAGGAGAUGUAAUGAGAAGUGCAUCGAUAUACUGAUGACUGAUUACUUGUUCAGACCAUUCAUCACACGAUAUAAGAUGUACUCAAUUGAAACAAAUUGGUAUCAAUUGCGCGAAACUCAAGAGACUGUCACUCGAUGUCAACGCAAAAUCUGA